AUGCGCUUCCCAGCCCAAUCCCAGUGUGCUUCGCACCCUUCACAGUCACCAAGUCCUCCUGCAUCACCAAGCCCUUCUCCAUCACCAAGCCCUUCUCCAUCACUGAGUCCUUCUCCACCACCAAGCCCUUCACACCCUUCUCCAUCACCAAGUUCUUCUGCACCACCAAGCCCUUCUCCACCACCAAGCCCUUCUGCAACACCGAACCCUUCUGCAUCACCAAGUCCUUCACCAUCACCAAGCCCCUCUGCAUCACUAACAAGCCAUUUGGCAUCACCAAACCCUUCUCCAUCACUGAGCUCUUCGCCAUCACCAAGCCCUUCUCCAUCACCAAGUCCUUCUGCAUCAAGUCCUUCACCAUCACCGAGUCCUUCUGCAUCACCGAGUUCUUCACCAUCACUGAGUCCUUCACCAUCACCAAGCCCUUCUGCAUCACCAAGCCCUUCUGCAUCACCGAGUCCUUCUCCACCACCAAUCACCAAGUCCUCCUGCAUCACCAAGCCCUUCUCCAUCACCAAGCCCUUCUCCAUCACUGAGUCCUUCUCCACCACCAAGCCCUUCACAGUCACCAAGUCCUCCUGCGUCACCAAGCCCUUCUGCGUCACCAAGCCCUUCUCCAUCACCAAGCCCUUCUCCAUCACUGACCCUUCUGUACCACCAAGUCCUUCUGCAUCACCGAACCCUUCUCCAUCACUAAGCCCUUCGCCAUCACCAAGCCCUUUUGCAUUACCAAGUCCUUCUCCCUUCUCCAUCACCAAGUUCUUCUGCACCACCAAGCCCUUCUCCACCACCAAGCCCUUCUGCAACACCGAACCCUUCUGCAUCACCAAGUCCUUCACCAUCACCAAGCCCCUCUGCAUCACUAAGUCGUCCUGCAUCACCGAACCCUUCACCAUCACCGAGCUCUGCACCAUCACUGAUCCUUCUGCAUCACCGAGUUCUUCACCAUCACUGAGUCCUUCACCAUCACCAAGCCCUUCUGCAUCACCAAGCCCUUCUGCAUCACCGAGUCCUUCUCCACCACCAAGCCCUUCACCAUCACCAAGCCCUUCCCCAUCACCAAGCCCUUCUGCAACACCAAACCCUUCACCAUCACCAAGUCCUUCACCAUCACCAAGCCCAAGCCCUUCUCCAUCACCAAGCCCUUCUCCAUCACCAAGCCAAUGA